AUAUCUUGUUGACAGUAUAGAGUGAUAUCUCAGCCCCUCACAGGUCUGACAGUUCCUGCUGCUGCACAGAUCUGUUUCAGUCCCAGUAUCUGCGCAGGAAGGCGAGCCUAGCACGGAGAAAAUGCCUCUGGCUAAGGACCUCCUCCACCCAACGAUUGAGCAUGAAAGAAGGCAACAUAAGAAGAAAAGACUUGUUCAGAGUCCAAACUCUUACUUUAUGGAUGUGAAGUGCCCAGGCUGCUACAAGAUCACCACCAUGUUUAGCCAUGCGCAGACAGUGGUGCUCUGUGUGGGAUGCUCCACUGUGUUGUGCCAGCCUAAAGGAGGAAAGGCCAGACUGACAGAGGGUUGCUCUUUCAGGAGGAAGCAACACUAAAACGGAUUACACACUAAAAAUUGUCUGUAAUUAAGCCGUGCUGUCGAUAAAUCCCAUAUUUUUCCCCCCAUUGAUUACAAUGUAGUUGUGCAUUCACUAAUGACAAAUCUUGUCACUGUACAGAUGUUCAACUUUUAUAAAUUUAUAAAUUAACUAAAUUUGUAAUAUUCAAGAUGAUAAGGUAAAAUCUCAUUAAGUCAAUAAAGAAAGCUGUUAUUAAAAA